AUGUGUUGGAAGGAUGAGAGGAAGGUGAUGAGAGAAGUGAGUCGUAUUGGGGGUUUAGUGCAGUGUGAAGGAGGUAAACGUGGUGUUGGUGGCAUUGGUAGAACGGCGGUGAAGGGAAUCGCUGUGGAGGGAAGAGGAGGUGAAGUGGUGGAGGAAUUAAUGGCGUGUUCAUUUUCUGACAAGAGUAAAAUUUCAAAAUCUGAGCGCAAUGUUGCCAAGGUAGCAAAAGCUGCUCGCUUGCAACGUAACAAACUGGUACUCUUUGGUCUUGCUGCUUCUGUGAACUUGGAUGCAAUUGAAGAAGAUAUUCUGGCAUUGUUGUCCGAGGAGGGAAACAAUGCUGUUUUUCCAGCCGUUGCCUCUAUGGAGUACAAGCUGAGAGCCACGGUCUUGAAAGCACCUCAUGGUUAUUUAUUGGCAUGCAUGGAAAUGGCUAAGGUUGCUGAUUUGAUUGCUUUUAUAGCAUCUCCAACCUCUUUACAUGAAGACGGCAAUGGUCAUUUUAUUGAUUCAUUUGGAUCUCAAUGCCUUUCCCUGUUUAGAACUCUUGGUCUACCAAGCACUGUGGUGCUGAUCCGUGAUCUACCCAACGAUGUAAAGAAGAAAAAUGACUUAAAGAAGAUGUGCACUUCAAGCCUUGCUUCCGAAUUUCCUGAGAAUUGUGAGUUUUACCUGGCAGAUACAAAGGAUGAGUUGCAUAAGUUUAUGCGGCUUUUCAAGGAGCAUAGGAUUACAGUUCCUCAUUGGCGAAACCAGCGGCCUUACCUUAUGUCCCACAAGGUUGAUAUUGUACCUGAUGACUGCAAUUCAGGAAAAUGUACCCUUCUCCUCACUGAUUACAUACGUGCUUAUGGCCUCUCAGUGAAUCAGCCGGUUCAUGUUGCUGGUGCUGGGGACUUACAGUUGUCCAAAAUUGAACUUCUCAAGGAUCCAUGUCCUGUGAAUGCAAGAAAAGGAGAGGACUAUAUGGAAUCAGAUGACACAAAUGUACAGGUCGUGCAUUGCUUUACCCCUGUUCCGUUGAAGCAAGAGUCUUUACUUGUUGAAAAUACCCCUGACCCAAUAGCGGGAGAACAGACAUGGCCAAUGGAGGCAGAAAUGGCCGAAGCCGACAAAAACCACAAGGAGAGAAAACAGAAAAAGAAGAACUCCCCUGGGGCACCUCUGACUACCAGGUGUGGUCCUCCUCUCCAUUUUUAUAAAGCUGCUUGGAUUGUGGAUGAUUCUGAUGCUGAUGAAGUUGAUACUGAUGAGGAUGGAGAUGACGGUAUGGUGCUGGACGAUGUAGAGAGUGGUUUUCCUGUCCAGCAGCAUAAGGACGACUUUGAGCUUGACGAUGACGAGGGUUCCGUAUUUUUGAGAGUAUCCGAUGAAGAAACUGAAACUGAUUCUAUGGUUAUGGAAGGUGAUAACUUAACAAAAGAACAGAUAGAGGAACAAAUUCAAAAAAUUAAAGAAGAACAUGCUGAAGACGAGGAAUUUCCAGAUGAAGUGGAUACCCCAUUGGACGUUCCUGCUCGAAGAAGAUUUGCCAAGUACAGAGGUGUCAAGUCUUUCAGAACAUCUUCAUGGGACCCCGAAGAAUCUCUUCCUCAUCAAUAUGGUAGGAUUUUUGCAUUUGACAAUUUUACAAGAACACAGAAGCAUGUUCUUGCUAGAGCACUCGAUAUGGAGCAAGAUGCCAAUGACUGUAUACCAGUUGGCUCAUAUGCAAGAAUUCAUAUCAAGGAAGUACCAAAUGGUGUUGCAUCCAAGUUAUGCAUGUUGGCUAAGAAAAUGCCGAUCAUAUCCUCUGGUCUUUUGCAGAACGAGUCUAAAAUCUCAGUCCUCCAUUUCAGCAUCAGGAAGCAUGACACAUAUGAUGCUCCUAUCAAAGCAAAAGAAGAACUCCUAUUCCAUGUCGGCUUUCGCCAGUUUUUAUCGCGGCCAAUUUAUUCUUGA